CCCGUCGUUGCUGCGAGGCGUAGUUGGCGUGCGGUGGGAAGGUGACCUUCGGCGUACUCGUGCUCUAAGCACGGUUCUAUUAUAUUACCAAAAAACUUCGUAUAAAAAUAACGUAGACCGCGGCAUCAAUCGAAGUCGCACCGACAGAAGCGGCUUGGAGAUGACGUCACGCGUCUACGUCGGACGCCUCAACUACGAAGUCCGCGAGCGUGACUUGGAGCGCUUCUUCAAGGGCUUCGGUCGGAUCCGUGAGAUCAGCAUCAAGAACGGGUUCGGCUUUGUGGAGUUCGAUGACCACAGAGAUGCAGAUGAUGCUGUGUACGAAUUGAAUGGGAAAGAGCUGCUCGGAGACCGGGUCUCUGUGGAGUUGGCUCGUGGAAUCCGGCGUGGGGCAGACUAUUACCGCUCGCGUGCUGCAUCCAGGUCACCGCCAAGGCGCCGCCAUGUUGCCUACAGUUCAUGGCCUGCGAAAAAACCUUGCAAAGGAGCUUCACCAAGGGAAAAGUUCAAAGGCUAUGGCCCACCGACAAGGACGGAGUACCAGCUGACAGUCGAGAAUUUGAGCAGUCGUGUGAGCUGGCAGGACUUGAAAGACUACAUGCGGCAAGCUGGCGAGGUGACCUAUGCUGAUGCCCAUCGCCUCCGGCGCAAUGAAGGGGUUGUGGAGUUUGCCACUUAUUCAGACAUGAAGAAUGCACUGGACAAGUUGGACAACACUGACUUGAGUGGGCGGCGCAUCCGCCUCAUCGAAGAAAAAAGGCGUAGCAGGUCCCGUUCGCGGUCACGCUCUCGUUCUCGGCGUCGCCGCAGCCCGACCCGCUCGCGCUCAAGGAGUCGGCGCCGUACCCGAUCCCGCAGCCCGGUCAAGCGCAGGUCUCGAACCCGGUCUAGGUCCCGGAGUGCAGCCCGCCGUGGCCGCAGUCGAUCGAGGUCCCGGAGUGCAAAGCGUCGAAGCCAUUCCCGAACACCCGUCAAGCGCCGCUCGCGAUCGCCAACUCACUCGCGUUCCCGCUCACGGAGUGCACCCCCAAAGCGGCGCGCCUCUUCUCGAUCUGCCAGCCGAUCACGCUCCAGGUCCCACUCGAAGUCAAAAUCCAAGUCGAAGAGCAAGUCCCGGAGCCGCAGCAAGUCUCCCGAGACCAACAACCGCCACCACUCGGCAUCUCGCUCCAGGUCUAGGUCACGUUCCCGGUCGAAGUCUCCCGUCAAGAACAACAAUGACAACUCCAAUGAUAGCAGUUUGUCGAGAGGCCUAUGGUUAACCAUCUGCAACGCUAACUAUUUCGCACCGCGAAGUUCUGACAAGGGAGCCAUGACGACCCGGGUGUUUAUCGGGCACCUCAGCUAUCAGGUCCGCGAGAAAGAUGUGGACCGGUUCUUCAAAGGCUACGGCCGCGUCGGUGACAUACACCUGAAGAACGGCUUUGGGUUUGUGGAGUUCGAAGACCACAGAGAUGCAGACGAUGCCAUCAAGGACCUCAAUGGCAAGGAGCUGCUUGGAGAAAGGGUUUCCGUGGAGCUGGCUCACGGAAGUCGUCGUGGACCUGGGGGCAGGAUCCUUGCACCGGGUUCACGGGACUGGAGGUCGCCACCAGGAGGAGGCGGAGGAGGAGGUGGAGGGCGCUACCAGGGCGGAGCCAGGGACAGUAGGUUUGGGCCUCCGGUGAGGACAAACUACCAGCUGGUCGUCGAGAACCUGAGCAGUCACGUCAGCUGGCAGGACUUGAAGGACUACAUGCGCCAGGCAGGCGAGGUGACCUUCACGGAUGCCCACAGCAACCGGCCCAACGAAGGGCUUGUUGAGUUCUCCAACUAUGCGGACAUGAGAAAUGCCCUGGCCAAGCUGGACAACACGGACCUGAGUGGUCGCCGGAUCAAGCUGUACGAGUCGAAGAAGAGCCGAGCAUCAAACCGGUCCCGUUCAAGGUCCCGCUCCCGGUCUCGUUCCCGGUCCCGCCGUUCGACGUCGGACUCGCGUUCUCGCUCCAGGUCCCGCUCUCGGUCUCGCUCCCGGUCGGCGUCCAAGUCUCCAGUCCGCAGGAAGAGCCGCUCCGACAGUCCGCGCAACCGCUCCCGUUCCAGGAGCAGGAGCACGUCGCCGCAGCGCCGUUCGGCUUCCAAGUCGCCCCCUUCCAAGCGGCAGAGCCCCGACUGAGCAGGGGCUUUGCAUUUUCCUUCCCCUCAGCUUCAAGCAACGAAGCAAUGCUUCCUGCUUAGCAGACUGCCUCUUUGAUUUUAUACUUGCCCAGGCUCUUGUUGCCUUCAUCAUGAUUUCUUGUAUGUCACCCCAUUUGAUGCCUGUGGAAGUUGCUACCAAUUUUUGUCUGCUCAGAGAGAGGGGAAGUGGAAAACAUCGUAACAUUCAGUCUUGUGCACAAUGUGGAAACCAUUUUUUACCUGUAUUUUUUUCUUUUUUUCACAAAUUUGAUCUUGCCAUCAAUGCUAGCAUGAAGGGCUGCAAUGCCCUGCGUGACAAAGCGCAGCUUCAUCCGUUUUGAUCCCUUUUUUAUUGCAAGCUUAAAGAUUGUGUGGAGGUUUACUCCGAAUGAAACUAGCCAUCUGUUCGACCUUUUUUUCUAGGUUGCGGUAGCAGGUUUUGCGAACAAAGGGAUUAGGUUAUUCAGGUUCCCAAUUAUCGUGCUCUACCCAGUUCAUGGUUCAGUUAUGUUCAGAGGGGAGAAAUUCGCACUUGAAGCAGUCGUACUGUGUUCCAGUAUUUUUCUCAUCAGGAAGUUUCUUUUGUGAGUCUGAAAGUAGUUCUUUUUGUUUUGAAAUGUGAGACCGCCUAAGGCCUUUUAGAAAGGUGAGGUCUGUCGUAUCCUUUUGUAAAGAAAUCAUUGGGUGAACCAUGUAAUAGGUUACUUUCUUUGUAAAAGAUUGUUUUUGCACCUGUGUAAUAAAAU